AUGAUGCUUGCGUUGGGUCUGAGCUUAAUGCUGACUGAUUGUUGGGAGGACCAGGGCAGUGACAAGUUUGAUCUCAGCGACAGGCAGAAACUCUGCGAGAACUCCGGCACUUUCACCAAGUCACGUUUGAUUAUCACAGAGAUGUUGCAGGGCAACUUGUACAGCAUCACCCCACUUCUCACUCGUUCCAUAGAUUUGCUCGUGAUAUUCUGUGCUUACCAUCAGCUCUUAUUUGGGUUUGCAGUGAUCGAAGUCAUCCUUAGUGUUUUCCUCAACGAAACGUUCAAAGCCGCGGCUCUCGACGUCGAACGAGACAAUAGUGGGCUUGCGGAUCUCGACGAAUUCAAGAAGGUGUUAGACAACGAGCAGGUGGUGAAAUGGUUGAGCAACAUGGGGCUCGACGUUGUAGAUAUUGACAAGGUGUUCGUUAUGUUGGACGCGGACGGUGACGGGCAGAUUUCUUGUCAGGAGUUGGUGGAUGGAGCGUCCAUGUUGAAGAAGCCGUCGAGGGUGGUGGACCUUGCUGCAUUGCAUAAGAUGCUCGAAGACGUGCACGGCCACGUCACUGCGAAACAACGGUCCGCCGACGGCACGCUCUGCGCGGAGCUGGGCGCGGCCCUCGAGCGUGGCUGCGCCGACGCGUGUUGGAUCGCCCCCCUGACGACCGACGAGCAGGCGCACGAGGAGACCCGGCUGUUGCUAGACCUCGUCAUAUCCGCGAACGCACCCAGGCAGUGGAUGCACCGGCUGCCUCUCCUCGGCCGCGCCCUGGACGCGUCGCUGGGCUCGCGCCACCCGCGCGCGGCCUCGCAGGUCGCCCUGCCCUGCCUGCUCCUGGCACUGCGAGCCGCCCGCGCCCUCCCGGGCGAG